UUCACUGCCGAAGACUGGUCCUGUUGGAUGAUUCAUAUCGCACCCUAUGUCUUGCGAGGCCGAUUCAACAGACCAAAAUAUUAUCACCAUUUUAUGAAGUUCAACUCGAUUCUCAAACGCACAAUACAGUACUCUUUCACAGAGCAAGAUUUAAUUGAACUUGAAGACGACAUUAUUGUGUAUGUGAAAGAGUAUGAGAGUAUCUACUACCAGUUUUCUUCCGAACGACUGUCCGCAUGCCCACUCACUGUCCAUGCUCUCCUUCACAUCCCUCUUGAUAUCCGCAACAAUGGACCCCCUUGUAAUAAUUGGACAUUCAUUAUGGAAAGGUGGUGUGGAUCAUUAACCGAUUCAACCUUACAGAUCUCAUGCCAAUCAACCCCGACAAAAACCUUCCCUCGCAACAUGAGAAGUAUUUGUCCCAAUCUGAUUGUGCGUUAUUGUUCUGUGUUACCAAUGUCCUUAUGCUUCAAGAUAAUUUCAACAGAUCCUAUCUCAUUCUUACGCAAUCCAGUCACGCGCUCCCAUAUCCCUGAGCCUUCCAUUCACAAAAAAGUUGCCAAGCAACUCCGUACGUCGUUUGGUGGUACAAUGAGCUUCUGGCUGGAGCUCAUCCCGCAAGUAAUGCUGCACUGGACCAAAGUUCGCAUUGGAAAUCGUGGGGAUCUUAUUCGUGGGGCGAUUGCUCACAGUGCAAGUGUGAACGAACGGAAUUUACACGACGCAUCUUUUGUCUGGUAUGAACUUAACAUCGAUAUCAAAGCACAUCUCCCCAAGGCCGAGCCCGAGUUCAUCUGGCAGGUCUUUUAUGGUCGCCUCGAAUAUAUACUUGAAUGUGCCAUUCCACCAAAUAGGGUUUCAAAGAAUGGUGAGCCAAGAAUACACCUUCUUGCUGUAAUCACAACACUGGACACCGAAGGACAUGAUGCAACCUCGGAAUUGACAUAUUUCAAAGCGGUCUCCUCAUAUGUCGAGGUUGUGGAUCUAAACGCUGUAUGUGCCGUUGUUGGCCGACUCAGGGUUGGGAAGGUGGAUCCACAGUGGGCAAUUGUAGAUCGCAGCGGAUCCUGGUCUCGCACCGUAUUCAAGGAUGAUCCACUAUCUAUGGGUGCCCAACAGGACAUACUGUACUAA